AUGAUCAACUCGGAUGCUUGGACGCGCGGCAUGCUCUUCCUGACGCUUGCGUUGAUGGGCAUUCCGGGCAACGGUGCUGUCAUCUAUGCUUUCCUCUCGGCGAUGUGUCACGAGGGUCAUCUCUUACCUGCCGAUGCCAUCGUGCUGCACCUGGCAUCUGUCAACCUUACGGUGGUGGGCGUGCGCUGCCUGCUGGAGGUUCUCGCCACUUUCGAGAUCUACAACGUGUUCAAUGAUGUCGGUUGCAAAGCCGUCAUCUUCAUAUACCGCACUUCCAGAUCUUUGUCCAUCUGGUUGACGUUUGUUCUGAGUGCAUAUCAGUGCUUGAGCAUCGCUCCGCCCGGGUCACGCUGGGCUAACGCCCGUGUUCUGGUAGCCCGAUACUUGGGGGCCAUUUUCCUGGCAUUAUGGUUGAUCAACACCUCCAUGAGCGUCGCUCCCCUCAUGUUUGCCAUAGGUGCCAAGAAUGACUCCAAACUCAUACAGAACGGAAUCAAUGUGGAGUUUUGCUUCCUGGCCUUUCCGUCCAAGUUCUCUCGGGACGCCAACGGCGGCGCCCAGGUCGGAAGAGAUGUGGUGCCCAUGGCGUUAAUGGCAAUGGCCAGCCUCAUCAUUCUGGUCUUCUUAUAUCGCCACAGCCAGCAGGUGAAAGGUUUACGAAGCGGCGGAGCGGUCACGGCCGGCAGGCAGGGCCAGUCUGCUGAACGGCGGGCGGCCAUCACCGUGGUCACCUUGGUAACGCUGUACGUGUUGUUUUACGGGGUAGAUAACGGGCUGUGGGUUUACACGCUGACAGUUCAGCAGACUAUGGGCUCAUCGCUGAUCUCGGACCUAAGAAUUUUCUUUGCGUCUUUGUAUGCGGCUGUAAGUCCCAUCAUCGUCAUCAUCUCCAACAGGAAGGUGAACGGACAGCUGGCGUGUGGGAACCGGCCGAAAACACUUUCUGACCCCAUACAGCCCAAAGUCUAAUGCAUCACAGUUUAUCGUGAACUAAGAGUAAAAGACAAACGUGUGUCUGUUAUAAUGAAUAAAUGUCUCACAAACAACAUGUUGAAUUUAUUAGCAAAUUUCUUUUCAUUGAUCUUUGACAAGGUGUGAGCUAUGUUAUAUAUUCCUUGAAAAUUCUUUAAGAUGUUAGUUUUUGCUUUUUUUGUGUUUUUUUGUUUUUGCUUUUUUUUUAGUUUAGUGUUUUUUUGGGAACUUAUAAUGUCAGCUCUCCACACAGUUGUCCUGCAGAAGAACCACAGGUGUGUAAAUCAGCUAUGUGUUAUAAUAGUUUUCUUCAUUUCUUUUCACAGUAGGGUCUUUAUUUUAACACAUUUGUUUUAUCUUUUUGUCAAGCGUUAUAGGGGUUAAAAUGUAUUUUUUUUUUACACUUUUAUGUUUUGUUAUGCAAUAUGGUCACAUAUUCAGCUCUUUUUACCGUGGCAUGUCCAAAUACUUUCUUGGAUGAGUGAACGUGUUUGUUCUCUAAAGGGUCGUACUGGAUUCUGAUGUUUAAGUGCAGUGUAUCGAUGUAUUGCAGGCUCUGUGCUGUAAGAAAACCACCAAGUGACAAGUGAACCCAUACCUACAGAAAUCAUAUUUAUUUAAAGACGUUUUUUUAUUGUAAUUCAGAGUUUUACAUUCUUUAUGACACUGAUAAAUGAUGUCAGGUGAGAAGACACAUCACAUGUUUGAAGACUUCUUCAUGUUGGGUUUUAUCAGACGCUCGAUCCGUGUGUUAUUUUCUUCACUCAACUGAAGUCUGAUCUGUUGAAACAGACUCCGGUGGAAUGAAGGACACAACACACAGAUAUUCACAGAUAUUCACCCAGCCGAUCUGUGUAAACCUGGACAUAAAUAACACAAGUAAGAAGUGAAUUCUUCUGUGUGUGACUGCAUAGACAUUUCCCUGUACAAGACCAGACCUGCUGUGAAUCUGCCCUGCAGCGAUAUAUACACACACACACACCAAAACAAAUUGAUCUUAUUUAAACUUUAUUAUAGACUAUAAAUACAAAAAAUCAAGAGUACAGAAAUGCUUGUCUUAUCUAAACUCUCACUUGGAUCCAUCUGUUCAUUAAAAUGAUUCGCUUCAUACUCACCGAGAGGUUCAAACUCAAAUGACCUGCAAAUAUAAAAUACUCAGGAUAAGCAAACGCAUUACGAAGAGUUUGUUAAUGUCUGUUGGUUUCUGGCAGAUAGAGAAGAGAAACUGUUAUCCCUCUUACACAAUGAAAAGAAGAAGCAGAAAGAAGAAGCAAGAUCUGUUCAGACAACUAAAGUCAGCGUCAGCUUGUCUCUGGUCACUUACCUGUUUCAGGUACAACAUUCAUUCAGCCACUUGCAAUAAAGCAUGAGGAGCGGGGUCCACCCCAGAGUCUUAGCCCCGCCCACUGAAGCUGAAACUCCUCAGAAACCAACACAGGAAAACUCUCGAUGUUUAAUACAGACCUUUUGUAUAAAAUCAUCAUAUAUCAAAGCUUCACGUUAAACGUUUGCUGCAGCUGUGCCUCCAUCUGAAUAGUGGACAAAUCCAGCGUCUUACAUCCAGUAUACUUCUUUACGAGUCGUCUUACAGCAUCUGAACACGCUCAUCACAGAUUUUGCAAUAACUGAUGCAGUUGUUGCAGUGUGAGUUCAUAUUUUGACAUGUAGGUUUGGUAAUGUCACCAUAUAAGGAAGCGCAAAACUGUCGGCCCUGUCCGGACUCGCUGGAGGAAUGUGAAAGUAUAGAGGAUUUUAACAUCACACCAUUCACACGAUAUCUAUUGAAUGAUGCUCUUUUUAUUGUUUACACUUCUGGGGAUAAACACUAUCUGAGCACCCUUACAACAAAUUACAUUUAUACACAAGCUUUCAAUUCAGGAGAGGAUCGAUCUUGUAUUUAUUCAUUUAUUUUUGACAUUAUAUUGUGCCAUAUAUUCAUUUUAAAUGAACAAGAUACAGAAUACUGACGGGGAAAGUCUAAAGGGUUCAAACUUUCACUAUUAACUCAUUUAUUUUUUAUUGAAAUAUUAUUUGUGAUUUUAUUUCACUGCUUGUUCCUAUUUAUUUUUUUUUCUUUGUCAUGCUAUACUCAUUGACUUUCUAAAGCCUCGCUGUAAGAAACACAACUGGUUUGAGUGAGA